AUGGCGGCACAGCUCACACUACCGUUCACCAAGAUGCACGGCCUAGGCAACGACUUUGUUGUUGUGGACAGGGUGAGCUCGCCGGAGGUCCCACCGAUGACUGCGGCUGCGGCAAUUGCGCUCAGCGACCGCCAUCGUGGCGUGGGCGCGGAUCAGGUGCUGGUUGUCGAGCCCGGCGACGGCAACGAAGCCUCGUUCCGCUACCUGAUCUACAACGCCGGUGAUGGUGCUCAAGUCGAGCAGUGUGGUAACGGCGCGCGAUGCUUUGCCAAGUACAUCCGUGAUGCGGGGCUCGUCUCGCCCGAAACAACGGUGCUCUCUGCCGCCACCAUCGCGCGCACCAUCGUUCUGCACCUCGAACCGCUUGCGCCCGGCACGCUCCCGUCGGCAGAUGCAAUCGACAUGGUGACGGUGGACAUGGGUCCGGCCGUGGCCGGCUUUGAGGUUGCCAUUGCCGACGGCGGUGGCUGCCAGCACCGCGAGGCCAUCGCGCCUCGGCUGCCCGGGUACGCGCCCGGACCCGAGCUUCUGCUCGUCGACAUGGGUAAUCCUCAUGGCGUGUGGGUGGUCGACGACGUGCUGACCGCGCCAGUGAGCACGGUCGGCCCAAAGCUCGAGCGUCACCCGGUCUUUCCGGCGCGGGCCAACAUCGGGUUUGUGCAGGUCAUCGACAGGUCAAGGCUCGCGCUGCGGGUCUACGAGCGGUCGGCCAGCGAGACGCAGGCGUGCGGGUCGGGCGCGUGCGCAGCGGCGGCGGCCUGCGUCCGAGCCGGUCUCGUGGACACUCCAGUCCGAGUCUACUUUCCGCUGCCUGCGCUCGCUGCGACGGGCGUCGACACAGGAGCGCUCAACCUUGGCGCUGUUGUCGCUGACCUCGAUCGCGCGCGUGCUUUUCUCGACAUCGCCAUCGACGGCGACGACGCUCGGUGCCUGAUGACCGGGCCGGCGGCGAGUGUGUUCUGUGGUAGCAUCCGGCUUGACGCCACGCUGUUUGAAUCAGCGUAGGUGCACGGCAGAGUGUGUACAAAUGAUGUUAUUGCGGUCUCAGUCCGACUCCAGCAUGUCCUCCUCGUCUUCGUCGUACUCGGAGUCC